AUGGCUGCCAACAAGGCGUCAAGAAUAGGCGAAGAGACACGCAUCGACAAGGUCAAUGCCGAGCUUGUGACCCUUACGUACGGCACGAUAGUGGUUCAGCUCUGUAAAGACUUUGACAACGACUACAUCGAGGUGAAUAAGCAGCUUGACAAGAUGGGAUACAAUAUCGGAUUACGCCUUAUCGAAGAUUAUCUGGCCAAAUCAAACACGAUGAAAAGAUGCUCCAACUUCCGCGAGACUGCCGAGAUGAUUGCAAAAGUGGGAUUCAAGAUCUUCUUGAACAUUACUCCACAAGUGACCAAUUGGACCAGUGAAAAUAACCAGUUCUCCCUCGUAUUCGACGAAAAUCCAUUGGCCGAUUUCGUGGAACUCCCCGACGAUGGUAGAGCGCAAGACGAGCUUUGGUUCUCCAAUAUCCUGUGUGGUGUGUUAAGAGGUGCUUUGGAGAUGGUCCAGAUGCAAGUCGAGGCGCAUUUCAUCAGCGAUAUCCUACGAGGCAAUGAUACGACAGAGAUGAGGGUGUCUUUGGUACGGUAUCUUGACGACGAACUACCACCUGAGGAUGACUGA